UCUGUCUGCGUUUCAAAAUUGGACUGCCACCGAAAUGAAACAAUUCAACCUUUUCUUUGCUGCGUUGUCCUGCAAUCCAAAGCUUCACAUUGCGACUGCAUGCAUAUCGCCAAGUGAAUGCUACUGAGAUUCUCCUGUUCAUUUCUAAGAUAAGUCUCCUUCACUCAACUUUUAUUAUAGUUUAUUAGUGUCAAAUAAAUGAAGCUUCUGCCUCCUCACGCAACCCAUCUUCAUGUUUGUCACUAUAAACAAUUGCUAUUUAUGACGUGGUGAUUGCGUUUACUUUUCUAUAUUAAACGAAUUCCCCUCGGUGUUCAUGUGGCCCUUUUUGCUUAUUAAUUUAAAACUAGCAACUACCUGACGUGAUUUCAAUUUAAAAGGCAGUGCCUUGGGAUUGUGUUCUUGUGGCCCUAUUUGCAUAUUCUUUUGCAUUCUUUGGAAAUUGACACUUCUGUCUGCUGCUGCUUAAUCUUGAUGGAUGCAGAUUACAACACACAGUUGCUUAAUCUCGAUGAAGCCCAUUUGGUUUCGGAGUGUGAGAGGGAUUUGAAGGCGUUGGAUAAUGGAGAGGGAUGGGAGGAGGUGAUGACUGAGAUAAGGAAGCAGAUGGGGCUGGCAGGUCCUCUGGUUUUGGUGAGCUUUUUGCAGUAUAGUUUGCAGCUGAUAUCGAUCAUGUUCAUUGGCCAUCUUGGAGAGCUGCAACUCUCUGGUGCUUCAAUGGCAUUCUCUUUUGCUGGAGUCACUGGCUUUAGUCUCUUUCUAGGAAUGGGCAGUGCAUUAGAGACACUAUGUGGACAAGCCUAUGGAGCAAAACAAUAUCACAUGCUCGGGAUCCACAUGCAAAGAGCCAUGGUAGUCAUUUCAAUUAUCUGCAUUCCCAUAGCCCUUUUGUGGGCAUCAAUCCAACAAAUCUUCACACUUCUCAAACAAGACCCACUCAUUUCAGAGCAAGCUGGAAUCUAUGGCAAGUGGCUAAUCCCCAGCAUCAUCCCUUAUGGCCUUCUUCAGUGCCAACUUAGAUUCUUACAGACUCAAAAUCUAACUUCUCCAUUGCUGAUUGCCACCGGAGCUUCCAGUCUGAUCCAUCUUUUUGUUUGUUGGGGUUUGGUUUAUGGAUUUGGGUUUGGCAUCAUAGGAGCUGCUUUGUCCUCUGCCAUAACUUACUGGAUCAAUGUGCUGGUUUUGGGUCUGUACAUCAAGUUUUCUCCUCAAUGUCAGAAGACUUGGACUGGCUUCUCCAUUGAUGGAAUCAAGAAUUUGGUUGGCUUCUUGGCUUUGGCGAUUCCUUCUUCACUCAUGGUAUGCUUGGAGUACUGGUCGUACGAGUUUUUAGUUCUCAUGUCCGGGCUUCUUCCCAAUCCGGAGUUGGAAACGUCGAUGCUGUCGAUCAGCUUGAGCACAAGUUCGCUGGUUUUCAGAAUCACCUAUGGCUUCGGCAGUGUAGUGAGCACAAGAGUGUCGAAUGAGUUAGGGGCAGGGAAGGCAACGGCAGCUAGGCUAGCAGCGAAGGUAGUGGUGGUUUUGGGGGUCGCAGAAGGAAUGGCAUUAGGAAUUUUACUAAUUGCUUUGAGGAACGAAUGGGGUUAUGUGUUCACCAAUGAAGCAGAGGUGGUGAAAUAUUUGAGUAUGAUAAUGCCAAUACUUGCCACUUCCAACUUUAUGGAUGCCAUCCAAGGCGUCCUUUCAGGGAUAGCUAGAGGAUGUGGAUGGCAGAAGAUAGGGGCAUGGGUGAACCUUGGAGCAUAUUACCUACUUGGGUUACCUUGCGCUAUAAUCUUCACUUUUCUGUUGAAUUUUGGAGCGAAGGGACUAUGGAUGGGAAUUACAUGUGGAAGUUGUCUACAAUCCAUUCUGCUUUUGUUCAUUACUUUUAACACAAACUGGGAGGACCAGGCAAGCAAAGCAAAGGAAAGACUACUGUAUGGCUCAAGUCUUCCUCUCAUAUGAGAAUUGAGAGCUGAUAUGUACAAAUGUCGCGAGGUUAAACAACUUGAUCUUCUUUAUUGGAUCCGAUCGACUUACUUAUUUUCCUAUCAUUUACCCAUUUAAGUUGUAUUA